AUGGAGCUACUACAAGAUACUAAUGAAAUAAUAAAUAACAUGAUGAAUGUUGAAAUAAAUGGAAGUGAUAAUUUUAUUAAACAAGAAAAUGAUUUACAUGUUAGUGUUAUAAAACCAUUGACGAAAAAAAUUAUUCAUUGCACCGAUACAAAAAUAAAUGCCUUUUAUAAACCAGUUGAAUUAGUUGAAGAAGUGAAUUCCUAUGUUAAAAAAGGAGAUGAAUAUCUUGUGAAUUUAUAUAAAGAUCUAAAAAAGUUAGAAAAAAAAAAGGAAACGGAAUUAAAAAAUAAAAUUACAAAUCUGAAAAAAUUAAAUUUAAGGAAUAUAUUUAACAGUAAAAAUUCUAAUAAAAAGAGUCCCCCCAAAAAAAAUAUAUUUAAACUAUUUAAAGAAGAUGAAAGUAUAAUACCUAAAAUAGAAACAGUAUUUGUACCAAAAUUAGAAAAAAAUAUUGAAGUGGUUAGUAACUUAAAAGAAAAUAUUAAUGUUGAUUAUACUUAUUUAGUCCCAAAACCUAUAGUUAUUCCUGUUGAAGUUCCUAUUUUAAAAUUUAGAGAUCAUUUUAAAAUAGUCCCCAUAAGGAAGAAAAUAAUACCAGUCAUAAAAUAUAGUGAUGAUAUUAUAUAUGUUGAUUGUUGUAUUGAGAAACCAUACAUAGUUUUAGAAAAUGUUAUCAUACCUGUUCCUUUUAAUAUUCCCAUAGAAGAGAAUAAGUAUAUCCACAAAGCUCCUCCUGUAUUAGAUAAUGAUCAUUCAAUUAAAAUUUAA